GCGGACUCAUAUUAAAGACUCACACUUACCACUACCAAACCAACAUUCACUCGCUACUCUCUCUCAAGCACACACACACACACACGAUCAUGGGCGCGAAAAAGAAGUCAGGUGGUGGAAACGGCAACAAGGAGAACGAGGACGGCACCACAACCGUCGUUUUGAAGAUCGACUUCCACUGCGACGGUUGCGCUUCCAAAAUCACUCGCCACCUCCGUUCUCUCCAAGGUGUGGAGACGGUGCAGGCGGAUGGCGACGCCGGGAAGGUAACAGUGACCGGGAAAAUUGACGCCGUGAAGGUGAGGGACAACCUGGCGGAGAAGAUGAAGAAGAAGGUGGAAAUCGUCUCUCCGCAGCCCAAGAAGGAGAAGGAGGAGAGUAAAGACGCCAAAGCCAACAACAAAACCCAGGACAAGAAGAACAAGGACAAAGAGGUGACUACCGCGGUUCUGAAGAUGGCACUGCAUUGCCAGGGUUGUUUGGACAGGAUUGGCAAGACUGUGCUGAAAACCAAAGGAGUGAAAGAGAUGGCUAUAGACAAGGAAAAGGAAACGGUGACUGUGAAAGGGACAAUGGAUGUUAAGGCUCUGGCGGAGAAUCUAAUGGAGAAGCUGAGGAGGAAGGUUGAGGUGGUCCCUCCCAAGAAAGAGAAGGAGGGUGACAAGGAAGGAGAAAAGGACAAGGAAGGAUCGGGGAAGAAGAAGAACAAGGGUGGUGGUGGUGGUGGAGGAGACAGUAACGAAGGGGUAAUAGAGAAAAUAGAUUACAGCAGAAUGGAGUAUUUGCCACAACCUGCUUUUGGCUUUGGUUAUGGUUAUGGACACGGAAAUAGUGGUGGCUACAGCUAUGUGCCAGUGUACCCGGAGCAGAUGCACUUUCACUUGCAUGCACCACCACCACAAAUUUUCAGUGACGAGAACCCGAAUGCUUGUUCUGUCAUGUGAGCGAGGUGUCAGAGGUUGAUUUCAUUCAACUGGGUGGUGAUGGACGAUGAUAAUGACGAUGGUGGUGGAUUGUCUUGGCCAGUUGGCCUGCCAGGGUUAUAGACUAGAGGCUAUAGUCUAGACUGUUUCUAUUCUUUUUUUCAAUUUUGGUUUUUAGAAUUCCACGAGAACUUUGAGAUGUUUUGCUUGUGAUUUUGAUGUGAUUAGUUAACCAAUACGGAUGAUAUAUUUUCAAAUGGCAAUGCCACUUUCA